GCCUUAGAUAGCUUGUAUCUAAAGAGUCUCACUUGUAUCGCCACAAUCAAGUAUAGAAUUGAAGGAAUGAAAGCACCGUUGUGGAUCAGAUUACCGAGAAAUAUUAACGAACUAGAAACAGCGAAUGUUAAAUGGCAAUCGAGAUACAAGCUUCCAUGUGCGGCAGGGGCCCUAGACUGCACACUCAUACCUAUAAUGAAACCUUCUUCACAUGGAGACGAAUACGUUAAUCGAAAGGGCUUUCCAUCUAUAAACGUGCAGACGACGUGUGACAAUAGUGAAAUGCUUACGAGUGUUGAUGCUUCAUGGCCAGGGUCUGUACAUGACGCUAGGAUAUGGAGAAACUCCGAUGUCUAUCGUAAAUUGCGUGAGAAACAGUGCAACGCCCUAAUUUUAGGAGACGAAGGAUAUGGCAUUGAACCGUGGUUAAUAACACCAUUUCAAAAUCCCGAAACACCUGAUGAGAGGGCAUACAACAGACUUCACUCUAAGGAAAGGGUGAUAAUCGAACGGUGCUUUGGACAGGUGAAAAGGCGUUUCCCAAUUCUGCAAAAUAAAAUAAGGCUUGCUCAAACAAAAAUCCCCAGUGUCAUAAUAGCCUGUUUUGUUUUGCACAACGUAGCAAAAAAUGUAGGGGAUGAGGAUUUUGAGGCACCUAGUGAUGACGACAACAAUCUUCCAGUACUGGGAGAAGAGGAAGCAGGAAACUCUGUGUCAGCUACCCCCGAAUUCGGUGGUGAAGUGAUGACAGAGGUGGAACCACCACCUACUGCACAAGCUCCUAAUGAAAAUUAA